GUAUUUGCCAGCUUACUCAACCUUACUCUUAUCUGUGAGACAUGAGGAAGCAAGUAUAUAUAGUGGAAACUGACAGGCAGAAAUGCGUUGCCUAUUUUCUAUCUUGAUCUGUGCUGCAAAGGUUCCACACUUCCUGGAUAUUUAAAAUGAACAGAAUACUAUUGAUAAAAAUGAGCAUAAAUGGAUGAAUCAUCGCAACUACAAUUUCUAUAUUUGGAAAUUUGCGUGCGUUGCGAAUAAGACAGACAAAAGCAGCUGCGUAUCAGGUAACUUCAACAUGCGAAAUUUCGAUAAUACUCACCAGUUCCCACAGAGUUCAUAUUCUACGUGCUCCAUAAUUCUUGAUGUUCUCAAUACUAAAAUAUCAACGAGCUUGGAUUGACAUCAUCUAUGCAACCAUACACGCGCCAACCCAGACACUGGAAAAAUAUUGAUUAUUUCAGAUACCUCUACUGAACUACAUAACAAACUAGAAUACUGUGUUAUGUCGUGAAUCGCGAAGCUUACGACGUUAGAAGUAGUUUUUAAGCAUUAUGAAGAGCUUGUAUGGAGUGCUAGCGUGUAUCUUCCAGCUUUACUUAGAUGAAGUACAUUCUAUCGACUGUUUCAAGUGCAUUUCCAUAAACGGCGAGUAUCCUCCAUGCGAAGAUCCCUUCCACAAUAACUACACUACGGAGAUUUUGCACUCUCCCUGCAUGGGAGGAAGGAAAGGGAGAGACGGCUUGUUUCCAGCAACAUCCUGCAUAAAAAUUACAGGCAUUAUAGAUGAAACAGGGGAGAAAAUGAUUCUGAGAGGGUGCGCCUUGGAUAGCGGGACGCUUACUACAGAUACUGAAAUUGUCAGGAUGUCCCAUUGUGGAGGGUUUUAUUACGAUGGAAAGUACGUCAAGGGAUGUGUCCAAAGCUGCAAUGAUGUAGAUGCAUGCAAUUCAUCAGUACGAGAAAAGCCUAACGCUUGUUAUUUUAUUAGUUUAAGCAUUGUUAUUGUGUGUCAUAUUUUAUCAUAUCAAUGAAUCUUGUGGAUGAUAAUCAUUUGAAAAUAUAUUUUGUUGAAGAAAAUA